AUGAGCUUGACGCUGCACAAUCUGUUUCUGUUUCUGCUCUGUCUGUCUUUGACACCACCAUCUGGCGGGUCCGAGAAACAGAUCUCAUGUCGCGACUCGCUGGCCUCGGGACGGCCCAAGUGCCAGAAGCUCUUAUUCCAGCUUGGGUGCAUUGCGGAGGCAGAUCAUACCAUUAGCAGUGGGUUGGUUCCGAGUAAAUCACGGGCCAAAUCACUUGGCUUCCUCGACGUCAGAUGCCGUCUUCUUCCGUGGACUUCCGCUGCCCCCCUCAAGGACACGACGGCGACUGCUUUGGCUAGCCCUUCCAAAUUCCGGCUCACGGAGUUUUGGCUCCGCCCGCCGAAGAAGAUCUGCUCUCUGGCGCGGCUCGGUAUUUGCAGCAUGAGGGCCGUUAUGAACCUGCCCUGGCUGGCCGCCGGCCUGCGAAUGCAUACAUAG